AUGACUAUGGUGGCUCACCAGUCCUCUUCUUGGAUCUGCAUCAAUGAGAGGACAUGCAUUACCAGGGAACAACUUAACUCUUUAUUGAAGACCUAUAGCAUCUUUUAUAGGAACCAGAAAAAUCUGCAUAUUUUAUAUGGACAGACUGACGAUGGUAAACUAAUUGUUGAAGGAACGCUGGACAUUUUCUGGGGAGUAAAGCAGACUAUACAACUGAAAAUACAAGAUGAGAAGCAAAUCCCUUCUUUCACUGCGCUGAAGUCACCAGAUGUCUUUUCCAAAAGGCGAAUGACACGCUGGGGAGAAUUUGAUGAUCUUUACCGUAUUAGUGAUUUGGACAAGACUCAGAUUCCGGUGUCUGGAGCAACAGAUUCCCAGAAAGAUUAUUUAUCUUAUCACAGUAGCACUCUGAAGCUUCAUGCAGAUGAAGAACCUGAAUCCCCAUUAACCAUGAGUGAAGCAACCCUGGUGAGAAAAAGGAUGAAGCCACCAAUGAUGGACAGAAAGGACAGACAGAAGCAUAGGGCCUCUAUUAACAGACACUUUUAUAACCAUGAGAUUGAAAAUAGUGCCCAGGAUUUUGCACUUUACAUGAUUUUUGCAACAGGAGAGCAGAGACGGCUAAAGAAAACGGACAUUCCGCUACUGCAUAGACUCCUAUGGGUACCAUCCAAAAAGAAUGCUCGCAUUUUCCUCAUGGAUAAAGAUGCAGAAGAAAUUAGCAGUGAUGUGACUCGGUAUAUUAACUUUCAUUUUUCUCUCCUGGAAUCCAUCCUUCAAAGAUUAAAUGAAGAAGAGAAAAGAGAGAUUCAAAGAACAAUAACAAAAUUCAGGACAGAAAAGGCUAUCAUACUGAAAUGUCUUCGAAGUAAACAGGAAAUAGAAAAUUUAUGA